CUGAGGAACUCCAAGGCUCACAUGACCCAAGGGGAGGGCUUCUGGAACAGUCCCCGGAGAAACUGUAUCAUCCUCACUAAUGAUCCACUUCCGCCCCAGAGAAUAAAGGCUCAGUGACCCUUGCCAGCCCGGCCUUGUAACUCACCUGCCCCUUGGAGCGCCCAGCUGACUGGCUUGUGCCUCCACCAGGAUGGACACAAGGACAGUGCUACUCGUCCUGCAAGCCUUGCUGGUGCUCCCCCUGGCUGAUGGCACUGCUCCCACCCUGCGUUUUGUGGCUGUGGGUGACUGGGGAGGGGUCCCCAAUGCCCCAUUUUACACAGCCCGGGAAACAGCCAAUGCCAAGGAGAUUGCCAGGACUGCGAAGAUCCUAGGCACAGACUUCAUCCUGUCACUGGGAGACAAUUUUUACUUUACUGGCGUGCAGGAUGCCAACGACAAGAGAUUCCAGGAGACCUUCGAGGAUGUGUUCUCUGCCCCCUCCCUCCGCAACGUGCCCUGGUAUGUGCUGGCUGGCAACCAUGACCAUCUGGGCAACCUUUCAGCACAAAUCGCCUACUCCAAGAUCUCCAAGCGCUGGAAUUUCCCCAGCCCUUACUUCCGCCUGCACUUCAAGAUCCCACGGUCCAAUGUGACUGUGGCCAUCUUCAUGCUGGAUACAGUGACAUUGUGUGGCAACUCGGAUGACUUCCUCAGCCAGCAGCCACAGAGGCCCCGUGACCCAAAUUUGGCCCGUACACAGCUGUCCUGGCUCAAGAAACAGCUGGCAGUGGCCAAAGAGGACUACUUGCUGGUGGCUGGCCACUACCCAGUGUGGUCCAUUGCUGAGCAUGGGCCCACCCACUGUCUGGUCCGUCAACUGCAGCCACUACUGACCACAUACAAGGUCACUGCCUACCUGAGUGGCCAUGACCACAACCUGCAGUACCUUGAGGAUGAGAAUGGCAUCGGCUACAUACUGAGUGGGGCUGGGAACUUCAUGGACCCCUCGAAGAGGCACUUUCGCAAGGUUCCCAGCGGCUACCUGCGCUUCCACUAUGGGGUUGAGAACUCACUGGGUGGCUUCGCCUACAUAGAGAUCAGUCCCAAAGAGAUGAGCAUCACUUACAUCGAGGCCUCGGGCAAAUCCCUCUUCAAGACCAAACUGCCAAGGCGUGCCAGGCCUGAGCGUUUGUGAGGGGCUUGAGGCCGAGGGCCUUCCCUGCCAGUGGGGUGGUGGGCCCCACUGGGAUCCCCGCCCCUUGCCAGGACUUCUCAGGGGCCUGUGGUCCUGUUGAGUGGGAAGGAGAGCCACACAUGCAUUUGAACCUGACAUCUUCUGUCACUGCCAAAUAUUCAAUAAAAGAAUAGAUGCGCCCUGG